AUAAUCAUGAUAAUUUAAUACGGAGUACCAUUAAAGUUUUAAAAGCUUGUUAAAUCUUUUAUGUGAUGUCAUUUUUAACACCAUUAAAUUAAUAAACAAAUCAUCUUUAUAAGAGAUACUUAUCUAGUUCGGGCAUUCGUUUUACAAUACUCCGUAUUAAAUACUCCUUAUGAAUUUUACUUUCAAAAAUAGCAAUAAACUUGAAGUUCAUAAUAGUUAUUACAUCCAGUAUAAAUAUCAAGCGCGCAUCGCAUGCAUGGCUAGUAUUACUUUUAAGUUAGGAUUAGAAUAAAUGCAAAAGAAAGAAUAAUAUAAAGUUCUGUUGUAGCCCUUUACGCCAAUGGCAUUCCUUUUUUUUUCCUAAUAUUUCUUCAGGAACGGUGGGCAUGAAGAUACAGGAGUACGGGCCAUACGGUAGUGAAGAUAAAGAAGAAACGAAGUGGUCCGUGGAGAUUGGUUGGUACGAUAAGAUUGUAGAAGUGUAUAUUGCCCAUACAAAUCUCGGGAUUGAGGGAAUCUCGUUCGGCAUAAUUGAUGCAAUAGGAAGAAAAAUUACCAAGAAUGUUGGAGCCACGCUUUAUAACUUUGGAUUGAAGAUGAAGUCUCAUGAAUUUAUAACGCAAAUAAGCGGCAGAAUUGCGACUGAACCACAUAAAACUAUUAAAUCACUGAAGAUACAUACCAACUUAUUUCCUGGUGGAUAUUUUUGGAGUGAAGUAAAAACUCAAUCGACAGACGAAAUAUUUUCGAUUCAACUCCAAAGUAGAGAUGUUAUUUUCAAUAUACAUGGGACUGCUUAUCUUGAAAAGAAGAAAGGGGUUGGAUAUGACAAGUUUAUACUUUCUUCCUUUGGAAUUUGUGUGAAGGAGGUUAGGCUAUCCACAAUGAAACAUGGUCCAUAUGGUUUUCCAGAAAUUGGAGGAGGUUGGUCGAUAGAGCUAGAUAGAUUUAAUUAUAUCAAAGAGAUAACAAUAAGCCAUGACGACAUAAUACAUGGAAUUGGGUUUGUCAAAGUUGAUGCAUUUGGAAAAAUAUCAACUAAACAAUUCUUUGGCGGCAACAAUGGAGAGACAUAUAGGGUUGUUCUAAAGCAUGACGAGUUUAUACAGAAAAUAAGCGGGAAAAAAGGAUUUUACAAUAGUAUAAGGAAAAGCGUGAUCGUGUCAUUAAUAAUAUACACACCAAUAUAUGGCGAAGUGGAUAUAAAUCAUGUGGAUCAGGAUACAAUUGUGAGGACUUGCAGCCGUUUUCAACUCCACUUCAAAAAAGUGACGACUCCAUUAAAAGUAUCUUUGGAACACAUGAUAAUAUGCAUCUUACUUCGAUCGGAUUUUCUGCAAAAGAGGUUGAUCUUUUGGAAAUUCUUCAUGAAAACAAAGAUGAGAACAAAACAACUCAAGACCACCACGCUAGCAACAACCAACAAAACUAGGGCCUCUAGACUGGACUGGGCCUUGAUGGCCGGUUUUCCCAUUUGGCAUGGAGAGGAAGAUGAGAAAUCGAGAAGUGGAAAUAGGCAAGGAGGCAGAGAGGCAAAGCAGAGAGCAAGACUUUAG